AUGAAGUCAGUUCUCUACUAUACCACCCAAGGCAUCGCGGCCUUAUCCGUCGUGGGGGCAGCCUCCGCCCAAAACAUGUCCUACGGCGCCGAUAAUUUCUACCGCAGCGGGUUGAUCAAUACACAGCCUGUCAGCUUUCUAACCAUAUACGAGACAAGAAUCGUUGGUAAUCUGCUUACUGCCACGAACAUGAGUCUCACUACCAGCUCUCCCGCCAUUGUGGUCGGCCAUCCCAUGGGUGCAGUCAAAGAGCAAGUUGCCAAUCUCUACGCCAUGAAGAUGGCGGAGCAGGGUUUCAUCACUCUGACCCUCGACCUUCCAUUCUGGGGCAGAAGCGACGGUCCUCAGAACCUGGUCUCUCCCGACUUCUACACCGAGGCUUACAGUGCUGCGGUGGACCAUCUCGGCACAUACAACUUUACAGAUCGCGAUCGUAUUGGCGCCCUGGGAAUUUGCGGUAGUGGCGGUUUUGUCAUCAACGCGGCCAAGAUCGAUUCCCGCAUUCAGGCCGUGGCCACUGUAUCCAUGUAUGACAUGGGCGAAGUAAACCGUCGUGGUCUACAAAAGGCUUUAUCAAUUGCAGAGCGCAAAAAAGCCAUCGCCAAUGCUUCACAACAGCGAUGGGCUGAAGUCGAUGGAGGUCCGAUCGCAUACGCCAUUGGAUCUCCGAAUGAAAUUAUGGAGGAUUCUGACGAAGUCGCGCGGGAGUUCUACGACUUUUACCGCACGAUCCGUGGCGAAUGGACUCCUGAAGAAUGGCAGCGAAAUCAGACUACUCACCGCACACUCACAUCCAACGUGAAAUUUCUCAACUUUUACCCGUUCAACGACAUCGAGACUAUCUCACCCCGCCCUCUUCUAAUUGUGUCUGGAGAUGAGUCUCAUUCCCGGGAAUUCAGCGAGACUGCCUAUCGCAAGGCCGACAAUCCAAAGCAGCUGUACUGGGUUCCUGGAGCUAAUCAUACGGACCUUUAUGAUCGCACUGAGCUUAUUCCCUUCGACAAGCUCAGCGAUUUCUUCCGCGAAAACCUUAACCAGACUUCUGUCGGCUAA